AUGUACACUUUAGUCGGUCACAUGUCACUGAAUGCUUGCAUAUGCACACCCGUUUAUUCUUGCCACGAUCAAUUGCAGAUCCCCUUUCCUUUCUUUUAAAUCAUCUCCCUCAGCAUAAGCACCGAAAUUCUCAGGAUGUUUCUGCUUGGUUCUAUCGCUGGCCAGUUAUGUGUACCAUUCUACAGGAAAUGGAUUACUUAAUGCACGAUAAACUACCCCCUCUCCACUUCUUGAUCCAGGCAGGAAAUGACUCAACUAGGUUGUCCCUUUAAACUUGUUAGCCAUAUUCCCCCCCUUUCUUUCUCUCCUUCUCUUCUUCUUCCUUUCCUUUACCUUUUUUACCUCUUGUCCCGUAAGAGGGUUUUUAGAUACUUUUUUUUUCACAUAAUUUGAACUGACCUGGGC